UGUCCUUGAAGUCCGUAGGUAAUACACAAAACGGAGCCGCAGAUCCCGUCAUCUGGGCAAAGAUGUCUUUGGUCAGCAAGUUCGGGAACUUAAGGCGAUUAAUUAAGAGUAAUGGAGGACUAAUAGGCUCUCUGAAGUCGUCAAUUUGGACGGAUGAUAUAAGAGAAAUGCAUUUCGUUGGGGAAGACAAGUUCGGCAACAAAUAUUAUCAGAAUGAUAAUUAUUUUAUAGGAAGAAAUAGGAUAGUCCACUACAACGUUGAAGUUGUAGGUUUUGAUAAAGAUGCAAGUCAAAUACCAGCAGAAUGGCACGGAUGGAUGCACUAUGUAACAGAUAACCCACCCACAAAGGUUCCCCCUAAACCAAGGAAAUGGUUUGCUGAGCACACGGAAAACAUGACUGGUACCAGUGACGAUUAUGUACCAUACAGCACAGCUAGGCCCAAGAUUGAGAGCUGGACGCCUCCUAGGGCAUAGGAGCGGAAACGUGUGAAUGGACAUAUGAUUGUUUUAUUGUAUAAUUUGUAUGAAUACAGUUGUGAUAAAAUAU